AUGAGUGAAGUUAGUGCUUAUGAAAAUGAGGGGCUGAAGAGCACUAGCUUGAGCCAGUUAAAGACGAGGCCAGCCCAUUUAGUGUCAGUAUUAGAGCUUCUUGCAAUGGACCUCAAGCCAGCUGACGUAACAAGAGUGGCCAGAAUAUCCAGGAUCUUUGACCGUAAGACUAGAGCUAACCACCCGCCAACUCUAAGCAUGGUGAUUGAAGCUCUGAAGGCCCAAAAUGAGAAAAAGGGCACUUCUGUCAUAGCCAUCAAGCGCUACAUCCUUGCCAAGUACCCAGCUGUUGACCCAAUAAGGCUAAAAUACCUGCUGAAGAAAGCCCUGACUAAAGGUCUUGACCAUGGCUACCUGAUCAGACCCCAGAACUCUCUGGCAUUAGGGGCAACUGGAAGGUUCAAGCUAGCAUCAGAAAAGCCCAAGCUUAAAAAAACCUCUAGGAACAUGGAUCCAGCUGGAGAAAAGGCUCCUAAAUCAGAAAAGAAGGUGGCAAGGAAACCCAAAGCCAAGGUGACUGCUGACAAAAAAGCAGGAAGUAAAGAUGCGAAGGAGGAGAAACCAAAACCUGUGAGCAAGAAACCCAAGGCAAAAUCCACUAAUGCCCAGCCCAAAGCUCCUGCUAAGCUGAAGACACCCAGUGAUGCUCAAAACAUUGUGAAAGGUGACAAGAAACAAAGUACAAAACAGGCACCUCAAGCCAGGGUGGUUGGGACCAAGAAAGCCACCUCCAAAGGGAAGCCCGCCUCAGAAGCAGAUGGUGCCUCCAAAGCAGAGGCAGAGCAUGGAGACAAGAUCAGCACUUCCAAAGCCAAGGGGGCAGCUCCUGGGGCCCCGGGGGCUACAAAAGCAAAGGUGGCUAAAGGUGGAAAUGGGCCGGCCAAAGCAAAGGCCGCUGGUGGGACAAAGAAAACCGCUGCCAAAGGGAAGCCUGAGGCAAAGGGCCCUGUGAAAGGCAAGGGGAAGAAACCUGAAGCAGACACAGGCUCUCUGCUCAGCAAAGAGAAGGAUGCAGGAGAAGGUAAAGCCUCUAAAACCGGCAGCAAGCUUAGCAAGAAAACCAACUAGGGCUUCCCUGCACUGAAGGGACAACUGCUUUGGGUGGGGGAUGGGGCACGUGUGCAAAAUGGCUGUCCCCAGCCUGAGGAACAUGGCAGCUCUGUCUCCCAGUUCCAGAUGGGGCCCAAACAAUGUUUUUAAACUAUGCUGAAGUGUGCUCCAGUCACUGCUGUUAACAUCUCUUUUAAUCUCUGGUGAACUAAGCU